CUAAUCGGGCUGUCAUCUUCACGUUGCUCUUUUCACCGUCCGUGUCCGGAGUCGUUAGCGGGCCGCAAUUCACGCUUGAUGCGCAUCGUAAUCGCGCGUAACACCGCACGCGACGUGACGCAGGAUAUUUAUGUGUGUGAGAUAUGUCAGAUUUCAUAGAGAAUCAAGUGCAAUUACUGCUCGCCGGACAGGCAUUGGAGAACGAUGACAUAUGCAACGUGCACGCUGUCGCGGGCGACACAACAGGUGCAAAAUCAGGUCAGCUAACAGCACACGUUCCCAUUUGCCUGGAGACAGUGACGUACAUAGUCGCAGCGGUUGUUAUAAAUGACCAGGGCGAGGUACUGAUGAUGCAGGAGGCGAAAGCCUCCUGCACGGGGAAAUGGUACUUGCCGGCCGGUAGAGUGGAGAAAAACGAGAACCUGGUGAGCGCCGUAAAGAGGGAAGUCCUGGAGGAAACCGGCCUGGUGAUAGCGCCGACGACUCUGAUACUGGUGGAGUGUGCGAACGGCACGUGGUUUCGCUUUGUGUUCACCGGAGACAUAGUCGGCGGCGCGCUGAAAACACCGGAUCGAGCGAACGAGGAGUCCCUUCAGGCGUGCUGGGUGCGCAACAUAAAUGACUUGCCUCUGAGGUCCAACGACAUCAUAUAUCUCCUGGACAGGGGCAAGAGUUACGUCUCGAACAAAACUGUCCCGCAGCAUCCGCAGUUGAUGCCAGCAACCAAGCCACACGCAAGACUCUUGUUGAGAGUAGUAGUCACAUCUAAGAAAAGAGCAACGAACAGACUGCAUGUACUUAUGUCAGAUACUGAUCGAUGCAAUCCACCAGUUUGUGAGAUCAAUCCAAAUCGUAGCUUACUAUCCACUUUACAUAGCUUUAUGACUGAAAUAUUCGGAAACGAUGUAGCGCAACACAAGCCACAUGGCUUGUUAUCCGUCGAAUUCAGCGGUGGACAAGGAGGCGACGGUCUGUGCCUGACGUUAUUAGUAUCCUUCAAAUUGCCUUUGGAAGAUUUGCCCAUCUUUGGAAAAUAUGUCUGGCACGAGCUCUCCGAAAACGUAGCGGAAACUCUUGCAACCCGUCUGCCGCGAAACAUGACUGUUCCGUUGAAAGUCGUGCGUUGAUGCGUACGAACAUCUUAAGCAAUUACACCUGCGCUCGACGAAAAUAAGUAGAAGGCCAGGACAGAAUCUCUUACUAAACGAAUAUUUAAAACAUUAACAUCAUAGUUACCCUAGUCUACACCAAUGACUUUAUAACAGGUAUUAAUACGUAACAGAUAACACGUAUUCCACAUUUUUUACUUAUCGUAUAAAGUUAAUAAUUAUAAUAGGAAAUUAAAAUAUUAAUUUUAUAGUGAUAUAGUAACAUUGGGAUCAAGUUUCUCGUUUUAGAAGUAUUAUUCCAUACAUUCCUGAGAUUAUAUGAAGUCAUUAUAUAUUGUAAAUUAUUAAAAUGUUACAUAUCAUAGUAUAUUUAUGACGAUUAUUAUAUUGAAUAUAAUAGAAUAUAUUUGAAGCUCAAAAAUUUAAUAGAUGGACAUAUAUAAUUUAAAUUAAAUGUGUAUAUAAUUAAUAACUAAGAGAAAAAUGAUAAAGGCCAAGAUUAUUAGCGUGCUUAAAAAUUUAUUAUUGAAUGUUACUACACAAAAAGUGCUUAGAAAUAUUAAAUAGUAUAACAUUUAAUAUUCGGUCAAUACAAGCAUGUGUAAAAGUUACAUAGAUUUAAUUUAUUUGCAAACUAUGUCAUUUAACCAAUGUCUGCUAUACAUACAUGAAUGCUGCUUAUACAUAUACAUACAUACAUACAUAUAUAUAUAUAUAUAUAUAUAUAUA